AUGCUAUUUGUACAAUUGAUGAAAAUUAUUUGUAUAUUGUCAUUUGGAUGAAUUUGGUUCUCUAGGAUUUUAUGUCAAGUUAUGUUGUAAUGUGAGUUAUAUUCAAUCCAAAAGCCAUCAAUUUCAACUUCUACAGGAAACGAUUCCAGACCAGGUGGAUGGAGGAAAUAUGAGUGCGGCAAAAAAGAGUGCGGAUUCAAGAGAAAAACGUCAUUCCUCCUCUGACUGGGACAGAAAAGGGUUGUCUGUACCGUUAGUGCCGUCAAACGUACCAAUUCCAGGCCCCACAAAUGACCCCAUCGUUAUUUCCAUCGGCCCUCCACAUCGUUGUCCCUCCGUUUCCAGUGAGUCCCAGUAUCAGGGUCUCUCGAAAGAAGACGAUUAUGCCAACAGGCAUGGAUGGAAAAGGGAGAAUGUGCAAUAUUACCCAUCAGCUGGUGAGGGUGGUGUCCCCAAACAAACCUUAGAUGAACUGAAAAGUGUGUUGCGUGAGAGCUCCCUACUCGGUGCAAAAGGGCAAGAUGGAGGAAGGAGCUACCCUCCGGGUCAAAGAGUGGACUGUAAGCCAGACCAGAUGCCGACUAAGAGUUUCAGCACCUUCAAGCCCCUUUCAGAAGCCAGGAGAGCAUCCAGAGCCAGAGAAGGAAGCUCUAGAUGGGAUUCUGGCGGCUCUUCGAUGACCGAUGGACCUCCAGGCAGGUCUUCUGGUAUGAGUUCACCUACUGCUGAGACGUCUCACUGGGAAGAAGCUGGCACGUCACACUCAGACAAUGAGAGGUCACAAUCGCUCUCUUUUGCAUCUCAGAGCUUUAUUUCUGAUGUUGAGCGGAUAAAACAGCAAAUUGCCCGGGAAAACAUAAGUUUUGUUCGCUUUGAGGCCACUGAUCUUCAUGGCGUGUCCCGAUCCAAGACAGUUCCAGCUCGAUUCUUUCACGAAAAAGCAGUAUAUGGAAUCCCCAUGCCAAGAAGCUACCUGGAGUUAACCCUAAGCCCCAAAGUCAACGAAGUCGAUCAUCCGAGCGCAGCCAACUUCAGCAGUGAUGUCCUUCUGGUUGCAGAUCUGUCCACGUUCCAAAUCCUUCCCUGGGCGGACCAGACCGCUCGUCUGAUCUGUGACCCCUGCACGAUCACUGGUGUGCCACUGCGAACAUCACCUCGCCUCAUAGCCAAGCAGAUGCUCGGCCAACUCCAGAGCAUGGGAUUCUCCAUCCACUCAUCCUUCACAUAUGAAUGCUGCAUCUUCGGAGCCCCUGAACGAGUGGGGCCUAAAGCUGUGUUCUUCCCCGCCACCACACUGUUGAGCAACUAUGACCUACCCUUCCUGCAGCAGCUAGUCAGAGGGAUGUACUACAUGGGAGUAGAUGUUGAGAGCUUCUCAUCCGCAAACGGACCAGGACAGAUGGAGAUUUGCUUCAAACCAAGGUUUGGAAUCGAUGCCGCCGACGGUGCCUUCACCUUCCGCACAGGAAUUAAAGAGAUGGCUAGGAAAUUCGACUACAUCGCCACCUUUUUCACAGAUGACAACAUCCACAAUUCUGGCUUACUCUCCCACAGCCUUUGGGAUGCCAGCGGCAGAAGAAGCCUUUUCCACUCGGGCAAUGGGGAACUUUCGGAGAUAGGCAGAAAGUGGCUCUCGGGUCUUCUCCAGCACUCAGCCGCUCUGAGCUGCCUCUUGUCUCCAGGGAUCGGCUGUCGAAACCAGCUUUCCAAAGGCAAGAAAAAUUCCAAGAACCUUCUUUAUGCCACAUGCGGUUGCAAUGACAACAGCUGCUCCUUCAACGUGAAAAUUCAUGGUGGACGCGAGACUCACAUAGACAACAAGCUGGGGUCAGCGAUGGCCAAUCCUUACAUUGUGUUGGCAGCCACGAUAGCAGCAGGACUGGACGGUAUUAGACGUAACCUGAAUGCCGAACAGCUUCUAAGCAAAGCUCCAGGUCAGCAGAAACAGUUCCCAAUCCCUGUUAAAUUGGAUGAUGCUUUAGUGGGUCUGGCAGAGGACAGCGUGAUUCGUGGUGCACUGGGAGAGCCCUUUGUGCAGUAUUUUAUUGCCAUGAAGCGUGUAGAGAUUGAGACGCAAGAGCAGGAUGCUGACAAGAACAAGGGACUUGAGUAUUUUAUUUAACCUCUGAAUUUGCUGAUUUUUUUUUUUGUGUAUUUGAAUCCAAGGAAAUACAUUUCAUACAUUUCCUUUUGAUUUGGCAUUAAACAAAGAACUUUGUAUUAAAAACAAAUAAUACCUUCCUUGCACACAAGAUUUCAAAAUAAAACCACACACCUGACUGAUAUCUGCUGCAGACUGAUUGAUUUUAUUUACAGCAUUUGCGGGCCUAAAUAAUUUAAAGUCAACUUAAACUUCAGAAGUUAAGGUGACUUGAUUUUAUGAAUAGAUAACCUACUUGAAGUUUCCAAAUGUUAUGAACUGGGACCUGGAAUAACAAGAUGAGACAUCUGUUGAUUCAUGAAGUUGCUAAAGUCAUGCUAGAAGUUCUGUAAACCGGUAAUAAAAUAAUAUUGUUGCUUAAUCUCUAAGUGAAUCUGAUCUAGCAGGGCUGUCUAAUCCUGAGGGCCAAGGUGCUAGGAAGUAGUUCUAGGAAGUAGGCAACAGGGUAGUUUCUUAGAACCAGGAUUUAUGUGAUUAUAAGAACAAAAGGUUGAGCUAAGAAACUAAUUUUUUUAAGACAACUUACAUAUCAUUGAAAACAGGUAAAUAUCUUUAACAACAUUUUCCAUGUUUAUGGAAAAAAAACAUGUCUACAUGAUUUCAUAAAAAUGCAGGGAUUGUGUGCGUUUGGCCAAUCAGCUUACAAUUAAGUCACUGUACCUUGAACUAAAACUGUUCCUAGUUCCUGCUGUACGAAAAGGUUCCUGUGGUUUGAAAGAUCCUAAUUGGAAGUUCCUAGUAAUUUGCAUAACCUGGAUUAACUGGUUCAUGCAUGUUUAGCUAAACUCUGCAAGACAGUGACUCUUCAGGAGCAGCACUGGACAUGCGUUUUAUUUAAUCCUGUUCCAGUAAGUACAUUUUCAUGAACUUUAGAAGUUUGUUUGCUAACAUAACUAUUUUUAAAUGUCAUAUAAAAUGUUUAGUUUGACUAAAUUCACAGCCGUCAAGUUUUUACAAAAUGGAAUCAACAGACGAUUGUAGUUAAGCUUUGUCCAACAGGUAUUUAUGUCAAUCACACCUCACAUUAAUUGGACUUGCCACCGUGCCCCCAACAUUUACUUAACUCUUUAAAAUACUAGAUUCAAUAAGUAUUAGAUUACAUGCUUUCCAAGCAUAAGAUUGUAAAUUGGCUAUGCAAAAAAUCCCUUGCUCAAUUAUAACUGUGCAUGUAAACAUAGGCCUA